CUGGAGCAGCUCAGAACAGAGAUGGCAACCGAGCGAGAGAUCUGCAGCUAACCCGGCUGCAUUUGCUCGCCCGGUAGGAAAGACGGAGGAAGAAGAGGCGGAUCAGGUGGGAAGGAUGAGUGCGUAUGCUGACAUUUAUGCAUCAAAGCAGGGACAACAGGGUCCCACAGAGGGAGGUUACCAGCGCUAUGGAGUUCGCUCUUAUCUGCAUCAGUUUUAUGAAGACUGCACAGGAUCCAUUUGGGAGUAUGAUGAUGAUUUUCAGAUCCAGAGGUCACCCAACAAGUGGAGCUCUACAUUUUGGAAGGUUGGACUCAUCUCGGGGACAAUGUUUAUGCUGACAGGGAUCAUAGUUCUUGUAGUAGGGUUUCUGGUAACCCCCAAAAUUGAGGCCCUUGGAGUAGAAGAUUUUGUGGUAGUGGAUACCCAUGCUGUCCAAUUUAACCGAGCCCUUGAUGUGUGUAAGUUGGCAGGAGCAAUAUUAUUUUGCAUUGGAGGGACCACAAUGGCAGCCUGUUUACUUAUGUCCGCGUUUGCAAAAAGCUACUCCAAAGAAGAAAAGUACCUGCAACAGAAAUUUAAAGAGAGAAUAGCAGAGAUGAAAAUCCAGACCUACCCGGUCACAAAAGCCCCAGCACCUGGAGAAUCCAAGAUACCUGUUACGUUGUCCAAAGUUCAAAACAUCCAGCCAUUAUCUGAAACCUGAUUCUCUCUGUCCUAAAACACCCUUCUUGUGCAUUUGAAAAGGUAGUCUUGAGUAGCACUUGAACCUGGGUUUGCAGUGCGGCAGUUCUGCACUCAGAAGGAAAAGAAGCAGGUUGGGGGGGGACCCUAUUUUGAUAGAACUAUAGGAGUGACAAGGAAGUGAAGGUUCAGCCAUCAUUGGUUUCAAUAAAGCGUUAUCAUGUAUGUUGUGAAGGGUUUUUUUUUUUAAAUGGUCCACAGGACCAUUUAGGCUCUCCCCUUCCAGAACAUGGUUCCUUCUUCUCCACUUAUCUCUUCCUUGUUACAUAUUUUAUUCCUUAUUUAGAUAAUGAAUAUGUCUGUCUGUUUAGUGUGAACAAUUUAAAUUGUGUCCUGUUCAAAAAGAAUGGUCAGAGUCCCACAAAAACUCUUGAUAGAAUGUGUGUGCAUGUAUCAGAGAGCAGAAAGCAGGCAAUUUCUCUUUCUGUCAGACAUGUUUAU